AAGAAACAAGGACCCAUGGCUGUUAGAGGAAUGAAAUUAUCGAGUGUUUGUUUUCUACUUUUAUAUCUGAUAUUGGCAGUACUGGCCGGGAGGGAUUUCUACAAAAUUCUGGGGGUUAGUAGAUCAGCAUCAGUUAAAGACAUUAAGAAAGCCUACAGAAAGCUGGCACUGCAGCUUCAUCCAGACAGAAACCAAGAUGACCCAAAUGCCCAAGACAAAUUUGCAGACCUCGGAGCUGCUUACGAGGUGCUCUCAGAUGAGGAGAAAAGGAAACAGUAUGAUACAUAUGGAGAGGAGGGUUUGAAAGAAGGCCAUCACAGUUCACAUGGUGAUAUAUUCUCCAGUUUCUUUGGCGACUUUGGAUUUAUGUUCGGUGGAAACAGGCAGCCGGCCGGCCGGGAUAUUCCAAGGGGUAAUGAUAUAGUACUGGACCUUGACGUAACCCUAGAAGAGGUGUAUUCUGGGAAUUUUGUAGAGGUGGUACGAAACAAACCUGUAGCAAAAGAAGCCCCAGGCAAAAGAAAAUGCAACUGCCGACAGGAAAUGAGAACCACACAGCUAGGACCAGGUCGCUUCCAGAUGACACAGGAAGUAGUCUGUGAUGAAUGCCCUAAUAUCAAGCUUGUGAAUGAAGAGAGAACACUAGAGGUGGAGAUCGAGCAGGGUGUGAGAGAUGAGAUGGAAUACCCUUUCAUUGGGGAAGGUGAACCUCACAUUGAUGGUGAGCCUGGAGAUCUGCGUUUCCGCAUUAAAGUUUUAAAGCACCCAGUGUUUGAGCGCAGAGGUGACGACCUCUAUACAAACGUCACCAUCUCUCUGGUAGAGGCUCUGGUCGGUUUUGAGAUGGACAUCACUCAUUUAGAUGGUCACAAGGUACACAUUGAGAGAGAUAAAAUCACUAAACCAGGAGCUCGUAUUUGGAAGAAGGGUGAGGGAUUACCAAAUUUUGACAACAACAAUAUCCGUGGGUCGCUUAUAGUCACCUUUGAUGUCGAUUUUCCGAAGGAGCAGCUUGAUGACCAGCAGAAAGAUGGUAUAAGGCAACUUCUGAAACAGGCACCAUCUCAGAAGGUUUAUAACGGACUGCAGGGAUACUGACAAACCAGCCAAGUAAAUCCGGACUGAUUGACUUGUCCCUGACUGCCCUUAACACACAUACACACUUACAUGCACACUGAGGAACAAGCAAUGGGGUGUAUUUAUUUUUUUCUGAUGGUUCUCAGGAAGGGUUGACAUCGAUAUGUUUUUAUUAUUUUUCUUUUUCUUUAAUUUAAAAUUUUAAAAGCAUUGUUUUCUCAUGGAAAAAACUAUUUGUUUUAUUUGACUCAUGUUUUUGUCCAAAUUAUUAGUUUUUCCUUAUAUGGUCCCUGGUUUCAUGCUUGGAGUAAGUAGUUCAAGACCUUUUUUAACAGUUGAAGUGUUUGGACACUUACUUUCUGCUAUGACCAGUCAAUCACCAUGCACUUACGGAUCUCAGUAUAAUGUU